CAGCAAAGUUUCUCACCGAUUGAUUCGGCCAUCGCUCGCUUUUUUCCUCAGUCGUACACCUUAAGCUCCGUUAAGAGAGAGUCAGACUGACAGCUGAUGGUGGUACCAAGAGUUUCAUCCUCCUCAUCCUCCUCCUCCGUCAUUCACAGUCGGGUUCGGGCUCUCAAACGCACUGUCGGCAUCAGCGCUGGAGCAAACACAUCUUAAAUGUCGAUCUGGAUCUGAGUCAGCACCUGGCAAAGAGUGAUGUGUGCUUCGGCUAUCUUUGAGGUCAAACAACUAACUGGCCAUCUGUGAAUAAGUGCCAAAACCUAAACAAUGAGUCGAAUUUCUUUAACUGUUUGAAGAGCCACUUUUGUAAACAACGCCACCGGUGUCUCUAACUGCUCUUCAAUCAACUCCAGCACUUAUGGAUGUCUCUUCGUCCCCUAUGCCUGACAACAUCAGCAACAGUUCAGCUGAGUUGGACCACACGACAUGGGUUAAGUCCAACUUAUGCCCUCCUUCUGUGAGCGGCACAACACUUCUGAUAGUGGCUUAUAGCACUGUCAUAGCCAUUGGCUUAGUGGGCAACACCUGUUUGGUCUUCAUCAUAUCCAGACAGAAGGAGGUGAGGAACGUCACCAACAUCCUCAUCGCCAACCUCUCCUGCUCGGAUAUCCUCAUGUGUGUGGUGUGCCUCCCUGUCACAGUUAUUUACACGUUGAUGGACCGCUGGAUCUUGGGCGAGACGUUGUGUAAGGUCACACCGUUUGUGCAGUGCAUGUCCGUGACGGUUUCCAUCUUCUCGUUGGUUCUCAUUGCUUUGGAGCGGCAUCAAUUGAUCAUCCACCCAACUGGUUGGACCCCUGCUGCCGGGCAUUCGUAUCUGGCUGUAGCGGUCACUUGGGUGGUGGCCUGCUUCAUUUCCCUACCCUUCCUCUCCUUUAACAUCCUUACUAAUGUACCGUUCCAGAAUCUCAGCCUGCCCUUCAACCCGUUCAGUGACCACGUCAUCUGCAUGGAGCUCUGGCCAUCUGAACGCAACCGAUUGGCCUACACCACCUCGCUUUUGCUUUUCCAGUACUGCCUACCCCUGCUGCUCAUUCUCCUCUGCUACCUGCGCAUAUUUCUGCGUCUGCACAGACGGCGAGACAUGGUGGAACAAGCCACCGAAGCACGACAAAGGAAAGCACGAAGCGCUCAACGCAUCAACGCCAUGUUGAUAGUGAUUGUAGUCGCUUUUGCGCUAUGCUGGCUGCCACUCAACGUCUUCAACACCAUUUUUGACUGGUACCACCAAGCCCUUCCUUCUUGUCAGCACGAUGUCAUAUUCUCUGCAUGCCAUCUGACAGCUAUGGCCUCCACAUGCGUCAACCCGGUGGUGUACGGCUUUCUCAACACUAACUUCCAGAAGGAACUGAAAGCAACGCUUCAACGCUGCCAUUGUGGCUGGGGGGUACCAGAGACUUACGAGAGCUUCCCGCUCUCAACUGUUGCCACAGAUGUCACCAAGGUUUCCUCCAUGCAACGUGGCUCCUUGAUCAGAUCUGAACAGUGCGCUCACUGCUAAAGAGAGAGGGCAGGAAGGAGAAUAGGAUGAGAGAUUAGAGGGAAGGGUUUGAAGAUGAGAUGGCACUGUUUCCAUGGAGAUGUGGAAUUGUUAUGUGGGUUUCUGCAUCUAAAAACAACCUCUACCCACUUUUUCAGUGUUCUGGGGUUCAAGUCAAGUCAUGAUCCUUCAAGAACACAGUGCAACGUUUUGUUUACGACAACUCUGGACAUAUGUAAGAUAGUCAGGCAUCUUGAUGUACGACAAAGGGAUGAACAUUUCAUUAAGAAUGUGAUUAUUCCUCUGACACUCUAACACUUUCAAGCUGUUGCAUUAUGAAACAAAUUAUUAAUGAGACUUAAUCGUCAUUGCGCAUAAGUGUCUCCAAUGACUGUGGCAAACGCUUCAAAACAUUAAACAGAUCCAGCGCCGCUGUCAAGCAGGAAGUUGUUGUUAUAAUGAAAGUACUUUUCAUCUGCAAUUUGUGUUCUUUGUUAAAAUCACUGUAGCAGUUAUGUUCACAACCUGCACCAAAGUAUAUCUUUAGUUCAUGUAUGAGACCGCUGUUUUGUUUUUUUAAUUGUUGCUGUUGUUGUUUUAUUCAACGAAGUGUAACUGUUACUAUUUAUUGUGUUGCUUUGAUGGGACUGCUUAAGCUGCAUUUUAACUUUGAAUUGUGCCUCUAUAAUGUUGGAAAACAUUUUUGACGUUUGAGCAUUGGUGUUAGCUUAGCAACACUCCCAUCUUUAAUAGAGGACAAACGUGCCAUGCCACUUUUUCAGCCAUCUUUGUUCCAGAAGUAUUUUCCCAUGCAUUUUGAACAAAGCUGAACUUUGCUUGAUCAAUUAGUCGAUGGAGAAAUUAAUAGGAUUUUAAUUCCAUUGUGACUGAAACAUGACUGUGCCAAUGCUAGUUUAGUUUAAAAUAUUUUCUUGAUCAUGUCUUUAUGAAGGCUGAUCAAGCAAAUGAAAACUUCUAAUUUGUUCUAUUUGGUGUUUAUGGUAUUGUUGCCUUAUAAAUGGUUGUUUCG